GUCACGCUGGGAAUUAUCUUGUCUAACUUGUUGGCCUCUUGUUGUGCUGCUCGUGACAAUUUAUUUUUUGGUUUUCAAACAUCUAUGAUGACAUUGAGAUAACAUGAGAUGAUCUCAUGUUAUUUUUUUGCUAGAUUGGAGAUUUUUUUGUGGCUUGAUUUCCAUGUUUUAUUUUUUUCGGCAUUAAAUUGCCAAAUUUCACUAUCGGGUAAAGGGUCUGAUGCCUCUUGUAUGUGAUUAACUGGCAAGUUUGAUAUUGAACAUCUGUUGAAAUCUCAUUGUCGCUAUGCUCUGUGCAUUAUUGAAGGGGUUCGUGUCGAUUGAUUGAUUGAUUAAUGAAGAUUAAGCCAUCCAAAAGGUGGCACGGGCAUGAAUAGCCCGUAAGUGGUGGCCCUUUUGAGCCAUUACCAGUAUAAAGCGCUUAUACUGGAGAUCUGUGGAGGUGCAACUGCACCCUGCGUGACGGGAGAUGUCUCCCGUGGUUCGUGUCGGAAAGUUGCAAGUAUAGUAACUCCGUUACAAAGAUGUUUCAUAAAGAUUUUAAAACUUCUCCAGUCUAACCUAGCCCAACCCAACCCAACAUAACUUGGCCUGACCUAAACACCUCUUAACAUACCAGAACUUCUAAAGUGUCCAAGCAUAAAUCUACUGAUACAUAUUUGUCUGAAUUUACCUGAGGGCCACUAUAUCUCCAGUCACCUCGAUGAGGACAGGAAGCCAGCAGCUCAUCAUGGGUCCCCCUAUUUGUCCUGAUGAUUUUAGAAAAUUUGAUUUGUCGAAAGGCCUGUGUACGAUCUGACCAUAUCGUAUGAAACAUGGGGACCUUGUUUGAGAAAAGUGAUUAUUAGAGAAGGAUACUAAACCAGAAUGACUAUUUAGCACUGUACACCUUGUUAGAGAAUAUACAGUUCUUUCUGAAUGGUAAUUUUAUAAUUAUUUGAAUAAUUAACACCAACCUAACUCAGUGUUGUGGAUAUGUUAGAAACAGGCUCUUUGGGGGGCUACAUUCUUUUAAUACAGGACAGAAGACAGGCAAAAUUGCUUUUUUCUCAGUGAUGGUAUGGUAGUUGCAUAUAUUUGUUCUUGGGCCAAGACUAUUAGCAAGAAGAUUGGGUCGUGCUAGCCUGAUCUGGUUGUCCCAUACAUUUGGAUUUUUGGAUGGAUGGAUUUAGCUUACCCGGUACUCGGCUCAUUACAUCAUCGUGGAAUUUUCAACAAGUGUAGAUCCUGUGACUGCCACAAACAACUGCAGUAUACAGUCCAAAAUGCCUGAAGGUCCACUUGUGGACAUGACUGGCAGCAGCAACAAUGUCCAGCCAACACUUCGUCGCUGUGAUAACCCAUGGAAACCUAAUGCCCAACAUGGCCAGUCAGAGGUAUACCGUCGAAUGUUGGGCAUCUUGAAUCGGGUGACCCAACAGUCUCUUGGCGUAUUUCUUGAGCAGGCCCGGGAGCUGCCAUUGUCAGAUCCCACGCACCUACCACAUAUUAUUAGUCUACUUCUUGAGAAGUCUCAGGAUGAACCAAUGUUUGCUCCAAUAUAUGCACGUUUAUGCCGAGAUCUGGCGGCGAGUGCUGGAAUUCAACAAGAUCUUACAGCUGCCUGUGAGGCUCACUUCAUGGAAAAUUAUCAACAAAUGCUUCAAUACAAUGUUAUGUUUGAGGGACCUAUAACUUCACAACUGAUUCAUGAAGAAAUUCUUGCCAGAAAAAGAUUUAUUGGCCAUAUUAAGUUUAUAAGUGAGCUGCACAAAGUUGGAGUUGUGUCCGGUAACCAAGUGGCAGCCAUGGCAGAAACUCUUAUUCAACAUGGUGAUGACCGUUCACUCGAAGGUCUCUGUCGCCUCCUAUCCUUCUCUGGCUUGGCACUCAGUCGUUCACACGAGGAAUUAGUAAAUCAGAGUUGCACCUAUUUAGAAAAUUGUCUUGAAAAUGGUACCCUAAAUCCAAGACUGCGAUUUUUAACACAAGAUACGCUUGACCUUCAUGCAAAUGGUUGGAGACCUCAAGGUGGUGAUCGAAUCCAUCCUCCACUGGGCAGGAAUGUGCGGGGAUAAUUGUUUGAAAUGGGAUUCGAUCAACUUAAGGUGUAUGUGCUAACUGUUGUCAAGUUUUGCCUAUUGUAGUGUAAGAUAUUUAUUGGCGUGUUUCUUCGUGUAUUUUUCAGUCACCUUCCACAUAAACCCAGCUUUCAGACGACUACCAUAUUCACUCCCAUUUUAUAUUGGACAUUUCCAUAUAACAGUACGUACAUACCAAAUAUGGUAUUGUGAUUUUUACACUGCCUCUUCACUAUCACCUCAUGGUCUGUGUAAGCUUAUAUUAUAAGUAAGACUGUUGUAGUUAUAUAUUUUUUCUGCCUAUCAUUUAAGCAAAUUGAAGUCAUUUUAUUAAUGAUAUCCUAAACUUGAUCAGGUCAUUGGUGUAUUUUUUAAACUUGUAUGUCUUUUGACUUGCUGGUAAGGUAAGGUAAAGUGCCAGUAUGAUUACUGUAUAUAGCACUUUUAAGGGAUGUGAGGACGAGAAGCUGGGCUAGAACUAUGGGAAGGAAUGGGGUCCAAUCUCUUGGACCAACGGAGAUGGAACGCCAACCUGCAAAAAUAUUCUUGUGCUAUAAAUCUAAGUAAGCUUUAAGCAGCAAUAUGGUUAUUCCAGUAUGUGUUUAUGUUGACCGAGUGUCAUUUUGCCUCCUGAGCUAAAUUGAAAUGGGGAAAAAUUCUUAAAUUUGAAGUUAAUUUUCAUUUUAAAGUUCAUUACAGACUAAAAUGUUAAGUUGGUAAUAUAUUAGGUUUUGAUUAUUUAUCAUAGUAUUAACUUCAAUAACAAAUAUAGGGUUUGUUUGAAUGAUUCUUACAUUUAUAAUUUUGUUAGGUAUGGUGUACAACUCUAAUAUUUUAAGGAUGAAUUAAAUUGCACUGACCGAGUUAGUAGUACGAGUAACUAAUAUAUACUGUAUAGGCAGGAUACUUCAUUGGCUUAGUGAUGAGAGGCAGAGUACAUAGUGUUAAAGUAUUCAAGCCUGUGUAUAGUAUUGUAAGGAAAGUUAAAUAUAGGGCUACUGUUGACUUAGUUUAAAGAUAUCUUGGAAGCCAUAAGUAAAUAUCCAGCCAUUAUCAUUAUUCUGUUUCUCAUUUUCAAGGGAUGCGGGGGCAGUCGUGAGUCCAGAGGGAAAGGGUACUAAUAUAGUGAAUAGAUAUAAGUAAUUAUAUAUAUAUAUACACUGCAGACCAGGAUUGUAUGAAUUGAUUUUGGCAUACAUUAGAACAUUUGAUGAGACAUCAUUCAAUUUUGGCGAUAAUUGAAGGAAUGGUUUGUUUUAUAGCUCUACAUUAUGUUCUACUACAGUAUAUAUUAGACAAAAUUUAGUUGAAGUACAGUAUGGAAGAAAUAAUCAAAUUAGAUAUAGAAUUUAGAUUACAUAAGGGCUGUAUUGUACUUUCUCAACACUAUUUUGAAGUAAGUACUCAUUUAGUAAAAGUCAAGAUAUAAAUUUGCAGGUACAGUACUUCCAAAAAAAAAAAAAAAAUUACCCGGUACUUAUAUUUUAUCAUAGAAAUAUAUUCUCAAAAUUCUAUCCCCCUUUUUUAAAUUUUUAUGCAUUUCAUAAGUGAUCAAGUAUAAUUUGGUAAAUUGUUUAAAUUAAAAUGAUUGACACUUAUACCAGUAUAUAUGAAUUACUGAUAUCAGAAUUUUUAGGCAAAAUUUUUAAUGAAAAUCCUUUAUGGUCUUGUUAGAUUUACAGAUGCGUCUAUCUUCCUGUAUACAACAUUCACUCUUCAUAAUAUUGAAUGUUCAUCCAAUUUAUUUUUAAUAGAUGGCAAGAAGGGAAUAUAAUUGCAUCGGGUAUAAUUUUUUAGAAUGGUGAAUUACUUUGAUAUAAAGUUGGUCUGUUUACAUGUAAUUUAGUCACCAUCUUGUUCAGAACUAUUUUGUUUAAUGGUACAAUAUACAGUAUUGCCUAAUGUUUUAUUGUGAUUUCUUUGUGGAAAUAGUUUUUUUUUGUGGUGGCAGUCUCUCGUAAUAGAAGUCUUCAAUGUGUAACAAGAUUGGUAAUUGUUUUAUAUUCUGAAUGAGGAAUCCAUAUUAUUUAACAAUGGUAGAAAAGCUGCUAGUGGCCAUGAAGCACAGAAAACAUUGCAUUUUCAUGCUAGCCCAAAACUAAUUAACACUUAGCGGUUAUAAGCCCCUCCCGCUGACACUGCUAACUUGAAUAAAUAAGUUUGUGGGUAAUUUUUUGUGAUUCAUAUUAUUAUAGACUCGAUUUACUUGCUAGAUGUUCUUACACACUGGCUCUGCCUAGUCAUGUGUGUUCAGCCUAGCAUUAUAAUGGCCAGUUUAUAGUAUUUCACUUAUUCUUGCAGUUAUUUUCUUCUGUUCACUUGUAUACUUUAAUACCAGCACUUGAUACAAAUUUUAUGGAUAUACUCAAUAUGACUUCAAUGUUUGAUUGCUAUAGCAGUUGUUACUGUAUUGUUAAACCUUAGAAUACAUGGCAGAUCACACAGUAAGACUGCUGCAUGUGUCAAAGUAAAAGGGAAUAGUCAGUAAAGUAGACAUUUGGACAAAACUCUUUUUAUCAAUCUAUAUCCUGUAUUUUGUAUUAGUAGUGCUUCCAUGGGUGACUGGGACUGACCAAUCGACUUCCUGGUAUUUGUUGCCAUGUGUCAGUGUCCAAAUUUGGUACAGUAUUUACAUCUUACUGAGGGCCUAUGUGGAAGGUCUUCUGUUAAGUAUGAAAGCUCCUCAGAUUUUAUAAGUUCAAUAACUAAAUUAUACUCUUCAUUGUAAUACAAUAGUGUCCAUUAUAUCCCGGUUCCAUUUUGUUGUGAUUUGUUAGUUUUAACCAUGAUGGUGGUGAUAAUGGUUAUAAAGUAACCAUUGUAAUUGUUAAUGUUAUUAAAAAUAACUAUUCUGUCCAAGGUGUUAAAAAGUUUUGAACUGGGAGAUAUAUGUGAAGUUUGGUCACCAUUAUAUUUGUGCAAAAAGUAGUGUUGAUAUUUGUAAAUGAGUAGGCAAAGAAAAAUUAUGCAUUAGAAUAACUGCAGCCAAAUAAUAAGUGAAAUAAAGUCUCUUUUUCACACACUAUUUCAUAAUUCACUUUAAUCACUGUUACAUUAAAAUGAUUCAUCAAACCAUGACACACAAUAAAUUCAGUUUGGAAUUAAGCACAUUGUUCUGAUCUCACAUGAACACAUGUUUGCUGUUGUGUAACAAAGACUGCUGUUGUAUUUGUAGUAAUGAAUGAACGAGCGCAUAAUUUCCAAAGGAAUCCCAAUAUUAAUUUUCUCAAUUUAAAUGAGUAGCACACUUUAAAUAAAUAAUAAUUAAAAUACAAAAAUCUCUUAUUACAGAGCUGGGUUAUACUGUACUGUGUGGAAAACAUCAUAAAGGCUAUGGAAAAUAAAUUGUUAAUUUUAUCAUGAGAAGCAAACAAGACAAGGCAUCGUAAGAAAUUUAGAUCAGGUUUAAAAUUUGAGCUCCCAGAGCCAAGACCUGGCCCUCCCCAGAACAUCAAAAUCCUGUCAGGCUCUGUUGAUAUGUGCUCCAUGGUGCCAAAUAUCUUUGCAAAUGCUCUUGCUGCCUCGGUCGUGAAGUAGAGACAAAAGUGACAGCUAAAUUCACCAAACGAACUGCUUGCUAUAAUACCAAAGGGCCUGUGCUUCUAGCUCAUGGAUCUUUCUUCAAGUUUAACAGGGGUAGUGUCAUGCUUUUUUUUUUUUUUUUUUUUUUUGUCCAUUGCACCAGCUUGCAUGGUGCAAUUUGACUUUUUACUUUAACUCCUUUGGUUGAGGGCUCUCGUUACCUAUGGUUGUGCAGGGACUAUUGGCUGAUGUUUUGUUGCCGCCUGCUUAUGACCCUAGGGUCUGUUUGACAUGGAGCUUUCUGUCUCGCCUUCCUAUGUUUGGGACAGUCCUUUGGGGCCCCUCAGUUUUGAGUACUCCUGCCCCUUCUUUUUGUCCCUGGUAGGAGUAUGACUGGUCAUGAUUGCUGAAGACGGGCCUUUUUUUUUUUUUUGUCAUUGGGUCCUUUGCACUUAUUCCUGCAUGUGUUUCCGCAGUAGCAUGCAAUCUACUACUAUCUUACCCGGGGGGCAUUAUCAGUGCUAUCCCCCUGCUUUAGGUGUCUCGUUUUUUCUGGGUGGAUUUCUUGACUUGGUAGGAAUGCUUCAUGGAUACAUUUACCAAAUCAGAGGCUCAUUUUUUCCCAGGUUUCCUUGGUACUGCUUGCUGAUUUUCCACUCAUGUUUUGCAUGUGGACUUCCCAGGUUUUGGGAUGUAUUCCUGGGUGUCGGGGGUAUACCUUGUUUCUCCUGGCAUGCUUUUCAGGUUUUCCCUGAUCCCCUAGGGUGAUACUAAAGAUGUUUUCCAUGAUUCUGGCAUUGUGUUUUGGUGUGUCCAUUGGUACUCACAUGGCUCUUCCCAUGUGUGGUUUCAGGCUUCUUGUAGGGUACUCCGAAUUCCAGGUAUGUAUGUUCUAUCUGGGUCCGAACGUGCUUUCCCACUUGGGUUCCAGAGUGUGUUCUUCAGUCCUCUAGUUACUAUAUGUGCCUGGGAGAUGGGGAAGGGGUUAUUACUUUGUUUCUUGGCUUGUGCACCAAUAUCUCAGGGCUGUUCCCUGCAGUAUUAAAUCUUCCAUGGUUGCACUGCAACCCUGAAAGAUUUCACUUUCAACUGGACAUUUUCCCACGUUCUUUCUGGACAGAACAUGUUAUCUUGGAUGGGUACCAAAGUCCAAUGUGUAUUGAUCUAUAUUCGUAAGGUUGACUGCCAUUUAGUGGCAGUCAGAUUAACAAGUAAACUAACAUGUAUAUUAAUUUGCAGAGAUUUAACUGCCACUCUUUGUUUGUUGUUAGUUUUCAGAUGGGGUGUCGUCUUUAUUUCUGUUCUGCGGUGUCAUGGCAAGCAUUCUUCUUUGAUAGUGCAUUGAUCUAUCCCUUAGGUCUUCCUACAUUACUAAGGUGGCAGGACCAUUUCAAGAGACACUAGUCACAUGGGACAAAGGUCAACAGAAGCUGAUGAGAUUAUGGUACUAUGGGUAGAUCCAGUUUUGGCUCAAGGAGUGACCAAGGGGCUGCUCUGCAUUUUGAUAUUAAAGAUAGACCCUAAAUUUUUUGUAUGAAAAAGUAUUUAUUUUGUUCCCUUUGUGAAUGUUUGAAAGUUGUGAAAAGAAAAAAAGUGCACUUGAGUUUGCAUGUACAUUGUUGACUUCCUGUAGCUAGCUAGAUUCUAUAGAUUAUUUUGUACUGAAAGAGAAAAUAAUAUUAUGAAGAGUCUGUAUGUUAGUUGCAAACCGAAAAUAAGCACAAACGCCCUUCCCCCUCCCCCCACACACUGAUGGAAGUGUUUACAUAUGACUAGGAUUUAAUAUUUUAGGGUGCUUGUCUGUUUUUAAUAAUAUUUAUUGUAUUUUAGUUAACAAAAAAUAAAGAAGAAUACUGAAUGCAGUUUUAAUUAAUGUGUGCAAAGUUGAUGUAAAUAUUUCACUAACUUACCUGAUUGAGGUUGGUCUUUUAUUUAUCUAACAAAGAGUGGGAGGGGGAGGGGUGUUAGCCUACAUAGAUUCUAUGGUAAUAAUAGUGGUUGUGGAAAAACGUAGCAUGAUCUUGGUACAUGUGAUGUCUAAUGUCAUUCCACUUCUUGGCGUUUAUGAUUACUUGCAAGAUAUUCAAAAUAUUUAUAAAGUAAUGAACAAAUGAGUAACUAUUGUCAGUUAGUUUCCAUUUGUGCUGUGUAUUUAAAGUUUUUUUCAUAAGAUGGUAAAAACAAAAUACGCAAUUAUAGAAAUGCAUUUUGAGAGCCAAUAUCGAAGCCGUAAUUGUAUCGGAAUCUUCAAUAAAUUUAUCAGAGCAUUAUUUAAUAUACAGUAUCUAAUUACAGUACAUAGUACAUUAUAACUUAAGGUAUUUAAAACAUGUUUAGAUAAAUACGGUAUGCCAGAAACCUACAUCUAAUUUAGUUGUCACUGAAGCAUUAUGACUAAUGUAUGCGCAAUGUUCAUUUGCUCUACAAUUGUAAUACGGUGUGUAGUGUACUGUAUUUUGAGUAAAUAUUGCAUUUCACAAGUGAAGCCGUUGCCAUUUGCUUGCAUCGACAAAUAUGACUGAAAGAAUAAAAGAAAAUGACCACAAAAUGACAUACUGUACACGUUAUUGUAAAAAAAGAUAACUGAAAUACAAUGAUCAUUAAAAAGAUACAAUAAAGGCAAAAAUAGUAUGUAAA